AUGAUGAAUACAAAUUUUAUGAAAAAACUGAAUCGCAUAAUUUAUAAUGUAUACAACCAAUCGAAAGGUGUCCCAGCACCAUACAAGUUAAAAGACCGCUUUACUUCUAUUCAAACAUCAUCUGUUGAUUUAAAUAUCUAUUCUAAUUCAUCAACUGCGUUUCCUAUUGAUGUUAUUAAAAAUUUACAUUUACCACAGUACAGGCCGGUACCUGCGCAUAAGUUAGGAAUUAUGUCAGAGGACUUAAGUUCAGCAUUUCCAGUUUUAAACUUUACAUCAAAACAGAAACAAGAACAUUCAGUUCAGCAGGUGCCAUUACCAGAAUCGCUGUCAUCCUCUCCCUUGAAGAUCACAUCAAUAAUAUUGCCAACAACAAUUAACACAUCACUGGAAAAUCAAUCUGUUGGGCUGGCAAAUAAAUGUGAUAACUCUUUAAUACAGUCAUACGAUAAGAUAUCUAUGCAACUAAUCUUAACUGAUGGGGAUCAAAAUUCUUCUGCGUAUAACUCAAGAAUAAAUGAUUAUAAUAAACAUUUUCAUGAACAAACGAUUACGUUAACAGAUCAAAAUAUAAAUAACUCAGAAAAGUCAGCUGCGACUAAGUUUUAUCAUCCUGGAGGUGAUUCAGGGAAGUUCUAUGAAUUAUCGCUGUUUUGUCUUUAUAUUGCUACAGUAUAG